AUGCCAGGCCCCACCAUCCGCGCCAACCGCGGCGACACAAUCGUCGUCCAUGUCAACAACAACCUCGCAAACGAAUCCACCUCGGUCCAUUUCCACGGCGUGCACCACCGCGGCUCGAAUUCCAUGGACGGCGUUCCGGGCGUAACUCAGUGCGGCAUCCCGCCCGGCCAUUCCUUCACCUACAAAUUCACAGUCAACCAGUCCGGCACUUUCUGGUGGCACUCGCAUUCUGCCACACAGCGCAUCGACGGCAUGGCCGGCGCAAUGAUUGUCAACGACCCUCAAAACGACCACUACCAAAUUGGCAGAGACUACGACGACGAGGCCAUCGUCUUCAUCCAGGACUACUACCACCAAACAGGCGAGCAGAGAUUCGAGUUCUACCUCUCCCGCUCCGGAGCUGGCUUUGAGCCCGUCCCCGAAAACGGCCUCAUCAACGGCCGCGGCUACGAAAACCUCUGCUCGCGCGCGCACUUCACGCACAAGUGUGACCCUACCUCCGACACGCGCCCGUUCGAGUUCCGCUUCGUGCGCGGGCGGCGGUACAGACUGCGCGUCAUCAACGCGGGCGCGCUUGCAGAGGUCAGCUUCUCGCUUGAUAACCACGUGCUCACAAUCAUCGAGGCCGACACGUCCGAGUCCGAGCCCGCGGAUGUGCACUUUGUGCCUAUAGCGCCGGGUCAGCGGUACUCCGCCAUCGUCACCGCUGCCGAGUCUGGUCCGGACGUGGUCACCAUGCGCGCGGAUAUGAACACAAACUGCUUCAACUACCACAACUCCGUUCUCAAUCCCGAGAUCCGUGCUCGCGUCGCGCUUGUCGAUCCACCCUCGUCGCCUGCGCAGAGAUUACUCAAGACCCUCGUCAAACGCGGCGACAGCUCACCCUCCCGACCAUGGGACGACGUGCUCUUACCCGACCGCUGCAUCGACCUCGACCCAUCCCUCCUCCGCCCCGUCGCAGGAGGUCCCUUCUCCGGCGGCCAAGUCCCCGCCAUGACGCGCCGCGUCGCGCUGCACACCAAAACCCUCAAACUCGAGCGCGUGAACCUGGCUCCGUUCGGGUUCAUCAACCGCACCUCGUUCAUGCCCGCCAUCGGCGCGCCAAACCUGCACGUCCAACUCGGUCUCGUCAACCCGCUUGCAGAGACAGUCACCGUGCCGACCGUGAGCGGGCGACCGAAUACCGAUCCGUGGGGCGGCGACCAGCUUAUCGAGCACAUCGACCUCUCGCCCGAUGCAGAACACCCGACCGUCAUCGAGCUCGUGAUUAACAACCCCGACGAAUCAGCCCACCCGUUCCACCUCCACGGCCACGAGAUGUACGUCGUGCGCACGCACUCUGCGCGCGCGGGCUUGGGCCCGUGGAAGCCAAAGUACAUUUCCGAGUACAAGACCGUCGACGUGCUUCCUCGCGACACCAUCACCGUCCCGCGACUCGGUCACGCGGUCGUGCGUUUUGUCGCUGAUAACCCGGGAUUCUGGGCGUUUCAUUGCCAUAUCCUGUGGCAUUUGCGCGCGGGCAUGAUGAUGCAGUUCGCGGUCGGCGUCCAGCAGCUUGAGCGGCAGCUGGUGAAUCAGGAGAUGAUGGAGCAGUGCAGGGUUGAGCGGGAGAUGGGCGAGAGAUUGGUGAAGGAGUUGCCCGGGAGCGCGUAUAAGAAGGGGAUGAUCCCUGCUACGUAG